AUGACUUUGGAGAUAGAAAAAAUCCAUCAAUACCAUAAUUUCUCACCUGAUUUUAUCAGCAAACAGUCCAGAGAGUGCAUUUUAGUUACUGGUAAAGCUGACAAUGAUACUGUUGAUCUUGCUAUUUAUAGCAUCAAUUGGCCCUUGUGCUACAAUGGAAAUCUCACAGCCAAGCCCAAGCAAGCUUCAUUGGCAAAUUUUGAUCCAUGCAGUGACUAUUAUGUGUAUGCUUAUUUCAAUAGCCCUGAGGUCCAAGAAGCCAUGCAUGCUAAUGUCACUAAGCUUAAUCAUGAUUGGGAAGCCUGCAUUGAUGUAUUGGGUGGUUGGAAGGAUAGCCCACCAACCCUUAUUCCCUUACCACAGGAAUUGAUGGCAAAUGGACUAACAGUCGGUGGGCACUCGCAGGUGUAUCAAGGGUACUUGACAUUUGUUACCUUGAGAGGUUCUGAGCAUGAAGCAGCAGCGCACCAGCCUGAAAGAUCACUUUCAAUGAUUAAACACUUCCUCUCCGGCACACCGCUCCCAAAAGGUAGUUCUUUUCAGCGGCCAUUUGCCGUUGUGGGGCUUCAAAAGUGCACAAAACUCUAA